CUGCGGUAGCGUCCGCGGCGGCGACGAAGCUGUUGGCGUCCGCUUCUGGUGACGAGAAGUCGUGGCGGCAGGAGCCGCUGAGCCAGCCUUGCGAGCCGGCGAGUUGAGUGGCGAGUAAGAGUCGACCGCGGGGCGCGCCCGGCUCUUCUGCAGGUUCUGAGAGGCGACUGGCGUCUCCGCCAGGAGCCUCCAUUAAACCCCGAGACCCUUUGGAAGAGAUUGUUGUCAUGUUUAGAUAUUAGCAAGCACGUGUGUAUGCUACAUUUGGAAAUGGCAGAGGGAAACAACAAUGAAGAGGUAAUUCACCUGAACAACUUUCACUGCCACCGGCGACAAGACUGGAUCAGUCUCCGAGAUGGACCCAUCACCAUAUCUGACUCCUCUGACGAGGAAGGGGUUCCCAUGAUGGUAACCCCAGCUCCUCAGCAACACGAUGAAGAGGACCUGAAUGAUGGUAUCAUCCUGACGGAAACAAAUAAACCUCAGACAUCACGACCCAGUCUCAUCAAACCAGCUGCCCAGUGGCAAGAUCUCAAAAGAUUGGGAGAAGAGAGGCCUAGAAAGUCUAGAGCAACCUUUGAAUCAGAUAAGAACGGCUAUUUUUCAGUGUGUAACAGCUCAUUGUUUGAUUCUGGGGCACAGGAUGAUUCUGAGGAUGACGACGGAGAAUUUCUGGAUCUCAGGCCUCCUGGAGUUUCUGAAUUCAUUAAACCAAGGGGCCAAACAGAGAGAGAACCUGAGCCCGGACCAAGUCAUAAUGAAGCAGCAGAUGACAUUGUCAACUCCCAAUCAGAGCAGAAAGUCAUUAUCUUGGAAGAAGGUAGCCUUCUUUAUCCUGAAAGCGAUCCUUCAGACACUCAGAACCAGUCAUCUGAAGACUCAGAAACAGAGCUUAUAUCAAACAUUGAAGAAUCAGCAGCUAUUCUAGAUGACCAGGCCAUUGAAGAAGAAUGCUGGUUACACCGUCCUUACUUCAAGCCUUUAAACCAGCAGCCCCAUGAGAUAACAAACCAAGUUGUUCCUCAGGAGCGGCAGCCUGAAGCAGAGCUGGGCCCAUUUCUGUAUCAACAUGAACGCCCAGGCCCAGCUUUUCCAAGGCCAGCUUUUCCAAGACCAGAACCCCAGCAGGAUGGGAUUCCCGGCCCCUCCUCUCCUCAGCCUGCCCAUCCUCUAGGAGAACUUGAAGACCAACAAUUAGGAAUAGAUGAUGAGGAGCCGGGUCCAGCCUUUCCACUGCAAGGAUCUCAGGAUCCCAAUUUGGAAAACCUUUGGGGGCAUGAAUCUCCUGAGGUAGAUCAAGAGCUCGUUGACCUAUUAGUGAAAGAAACAGAAGCAAGAUUUCCAGAUGUAGCAAAUGGGUACAUUGAGGAAAUAAUUCAUAUGAAGAGUUAUUAUGAUUUGAAUGUACUUUGUAAUUUUCUUCUGGAAAAUCCAGAUUAUCCAAAGAGAGAAGAUAGAGUCAUUAUCAACCCCAAUAGCAGCCUGCUUGCCAGCCAAGAUGAGACCAAGUUGCCUAAAAUAGACUUUUUUGACUAUUCUAAAUUGGCUCCUCUUGACCAGCGCUGCUUCAUCCAAGCUGCUGACCUCCUGAUGGCCGACUUCAAAAUGCUCAGCAGUCAGGACAUCAAGUGGGCCCUGCAUGAGCUCAAAGGACACUAUGCAAUCACCCGAAAGGCCUUUUCUGAUGCCAUUAAAAAAUGGCAGGAGCUAUCACCAGAAACCAGUGGAAAAAGAAAAAAGAGAAAAGAAAUGAAUCAGUACUCUUACAUAGAUUUCAAAUUUGAACAAGGUGAUCUAAAAAUAGAAAAGAGGAUGUUCUUUCUGGAAAAUAAGCGGCGACACUGUAGGUCCUAUGACCGGCGUGCCCUCCUUCCAGCUGUGCAACAAGAGCAGGAGUUCUUUGAGCAGAAAAUCAAAGAGAUGGCAGAGCACGAAGACUUUUUGCUUGCCCUGCAGAUGAAUGAAGAACAGUAUCAAAAGGACGGCCAGCUGAUCGAGUGCCGGUGCUGCUAUGGGGAGUUUCCAUUUGAAGAGCUGACACAGUGUGCAGAUGCUCACUUGUUCUGCAAAGAGUGUCUCAUCAGAUACGCCCAAGAAGCAGUCUUUGGAUCUGGAAAGUCAGAGCUCAGCUGCAUGGAAGGCAGCUGUACAUGUUCAUUCCCAACCAGUGAACUGGAGAAGGUGCUUCCUCAGACCAUCCUGUGUAAAUACUAUGAGCGAAAAGCUGAAGAAGAAGUCGCUGCAGCCUAUGCUGAUGAGCUCGUCAGGUGCCCCUCCUGUAGCUUUCCUGCUCUGUUGGACAGUGGUGUGAAGAGGUUCAGUUGUCCCAAUCCUCGCUGCCGAAAGGAAACCUGUAGGAAGUGUCAGGGACUCUGGAAAGAGCACAAUGGCCUCACCUGUGAAGAGCUGGCUGAAAAAGAUGAUAUCAAGUACCGAACCUCUAUUGAAGAAAAAAUGACUGCUGCACGCAUUAGAAAAUGCCACAAGUGUGGGACCGGCCUCAUCAAAUCUGAAGGCUGCAACCGCAUGUCUUGCCGUUGCGGUGCCCAGAUGUGCUACCUCUGUCGAGUAUCUAUCAAUGGAUAUGACCAUUUCUGCCAGCAUCCUCGCUCACCGGGAGCCCCUUGCCAGGAGUGUUCAAGGUGCUCUCUCUGGACCGACCCUACUGAAGAUGACGAGAAGUUAAUUGAGGAAAUCCAGAAGGAGGCCGAAGAGGAGCAGAAAAGAAAGAAUGGAGGCAAGGGCUUCCCUGGCAAAACACCUUCAAACGCAUCGGGCCCCCCUUGGAGAAGCCUCCAGAGAAAGUCCAGAGGAUCGAGGCCCUGCCAAGGCCUGUCCCACAGAAUCUGCCCCAGCCACAGAUCCCGCAGUAUGCCUUUGUCCACCCGCCCUUCCCGCUGCCGCCAGUGCGGCCCAUAUUCAACAACUUCCCCCUCAACAUGGGCCCCAUCCCUGCACCUUAUGUACCCCCUCUGCCCAAUGUGCGCCUCAACUACGACUUUGCCCCUGUCCAUGUGCCAUUGGAGCACAACCUGCCUAUGCACUUUGGACCCCAACCGCGACAUCGCUUCUGAUGGGCCUGGAGCCUCGCCCCACUCAGGCCCAGGAGCCACCUGGGGGGCGGCGAUGGACAGACACCCUCUUUGCCCUGGGGCCGAUGACUCUGCCCAUGCCUUCUAAGUGGGGGUGAUGGAUUUGGCUCUCCAAGAGGCUGGCUGGCUUCUUGCUCCUUCGCAGGAAGGGCUCCUGCCCCUUGAAGAGUGGCCAGCAGGGCCCCUAAGGAAUGAGUCUGGUGCGCACUAGGCCACAGACGGGGACAGCAAAACCCUCUUCCUGGAGAAUUCUGCCAUCCUAGCAGCCAGGGCAGUGGACCUGGCCACAAGGUGGCCUGUCUGCUCAGUCACUCAGAUCCCUGCAGAAGGAGACAUGGGAGUAAUUUGUCUCUGCCCUGUCCCCCAACUUUCCCCCAGCCCAGCAGACAAGUCUCUCAGUGAAAAACCACAUAGGCCUUUUCCAGCAGUCGGAUCCCUGAUAAAGCUGAGUAAUAGUAGUGUAAUUUGGAGAGACCUGAGGGGUCUGAGCCAUGUAGCAAAGGCAGGGUCUUCCGCCAGCCCACACACUGAGGCCUGCCCACAGUGGGGUGUACCCGGCUGCCAAGUCCACAAGCCUGGGAGCACCACUCAGGGUGGGGAAGCUGCAGACAGUGUCCUCCAAGUCCACAACCCCAGGCAGCCACCUUGAUGACUGUCCAAGGUGGGUCUCUCUUCUUCCAUCUUAGCCCACUCAGAUGAGACCACAGAGACAGCCAUCUUCUGCUGUGGGUCUGUUAGUAAUUAAGAAAGGUUUGCAGUUUACUCACUUUGAACUUACUCAGUGUUUUCUGGCAUAUUAGGGUUUCUCUCACUCAGUGUCUGAAAAGUCAAAUCUGUUACCCCAUGCUAGGCAGCUGAUGAGGGCAGGAUGGUCCUGAAACUUUUGCUAAACAAAAGAUCUUAUGACAUAGCUGUGACAGGGCUGAUGGCUCCCCUGGUGCAGCCCAGUUGUUGGGGAGCCUUCUCUGCCACAAGCGGGUUUGGUGGGAGCAAUGGGCUUCCUUCCCCUGGGUGACCCAGAUUGUGCCCAGCACACAGCCAGGGACCUGCCCUUCCCUGAGGUCAGGGGAGUCUCACUCUGGGUCUUCACGGGAGUCCCUGCUGUAUCCCAUUUGCAUUUUCUUGUGCAGCCCUGGCCAGGUGUUUGAGCUGCCUGAGGCUGUGCCCCACCCCAGCCCCCUCCUCUGUGGUACCUCAUGCUCCAGCCCAUGUACAGGGCAGAGGCCUCAACUGGAAAUGAGCGUGCCUGCCUCCCCAUGUUGGUCUCUGUCCUGUUGCUAUAUCUGGUGGCUAUGGGGUUCCCAGAAGUUAAGAGCACACAUACAGACCCCAGAGAGGAGGGCAAGCCUACUGGUUGGCCCCCAGCACUGCAGGAGGGCUGCACCACGAGGCCUGCCUGCCGUGUGGGCACCAUGCCCCUGGGGCCGAGCACUCCCAAGCGAGGUCACCCGCUGCCCUUGGCUUUUGAUGUAUCUCAAGGAUUCAGAUUGAGGGGUUGAGGGCAGGACCUUUUUCUUGCUGCCUUCCCUCCAGGUGAUGCUUUCCAGACCAGUGGUCACCUGGGCAUGGGGUCAGGUGUGUGAGGAGAGGCUUCUCCUUGUCCAGCUGCCUGCCCUUUGCUACUGCCUGAACUGCAGCCCCUGGGGAGAGCCCUGCCCCAGGCACAGUGAUGGGCUUUCUGUAAGUACCUUAAGAGCAUGUACCAUGUGCUUCCCCAAGGGUACUUGAGAACAGUGAGCCACCAUAUAGGGAGGGUGACCACAGGCACUGUCACCCUGCCCUGCUGGACAGCCCCCAGGACGAACCAGAACCUCCCAGGCCUCCUGAGCCAAUUCAUCAUCCAAGAAAAGAACAAACGGGCCCCACCACUGCCCUGCAGCCCAGAGUACAUGGCUCCAUAGCAGGCCUGGGUGAGCUCUAAGGACAGACCCAGGUAGGUGGAUCACCCCUGACACAUGUCCAGCGAAUCCUCUAGAACCUGGCUUGUGAAGUCCCCCUCUUAGGAGGGAGGAGACAAGAGUAAUAGUUCCCUCAAGGCCAAGCCAAGGACUUGCUUUGAAAAGAACUACAGCCAUUUCUAGCCACACAGCUGUUAGGGAACCCCUCUUGCCUUUCUGAACUGAGGGCACCUGAUUGCUAAUGUUACUUCUUGAGCCUGACUGUGGGGCUGCUCACUGUUUGGGGGCAGGGCAUAGCUGUGAGUUCUGACCCUAGCACAAGUCCCCACGUUUCUGUGAGGUGAUCGUCUAGGCACCUGUGUCCCAGAAGCAGGCCCUUGGGCUCCUCAAGAGGCAGUCUGCACUGGUGGGGUUGGUGGGAAGGGAGCCAUAACCAUCUGAGCAACUAGCAAGUGGUUGAGGUGAGAAUGACGGUAUCAGCCCCUGUCUGGGGGACAAAGGAGUCCCCAAGGCAGCCUGGCACCUUCCCCUCUCUGGGCUGCAGUGCUUGCUUCCCAGAUCAGAGACUGCCCAGCAUCAGUCUGUUUUACUUGCCUUAAAACUGGAGAGAGAAAUCUAGUAUUUGCACUUAGCAGAUUUAAAAAUUUUUUUAAAUUGCAUGAUCUGUCACUUUGUAUAAAAAUAGCAAAGAUGAUUAGUUUAUUAAAUUUUUUCUUUGCCUUCUGGUAGUAAAAAUAUAUAAAAUAACUCUGUUUAAACUACUGUGUGUAAAAAGCCUGUAUCAUAUGUAACUUGGACUUUUUGUAAAUAAAUGUUUGUGUACUCUG